AUGUCCGCCCGCUUUGGCCUCCGCUUUGCGCAGAACUCUGCCCGACAGACCUCAUCCUUCACUACACGCACUCCUUUUCAGUUCAGAAACACUAUUUUCCGAAGAUGGCAAGGCACUGCGACCAACCCAGCCGUUGACGCCGCACCGCAGCAGAGCUUGCUCCAAAGAUUAUGGACCAGUGAGGUCGGGAUCAAGACAGUUCACUUCUGGGCUCCUGUCAUGAAAUGGGGUGUCGUCCUUGCCGGCGCGACGGACUUCCUUCGACCUGCGGAGAAGUUAUCUCUGACUCAAAAUCUCGCUCUCAUGGCCACUGGCUCUAUCUGGACGAGAUGGUGCUUUAUCAUCAGGCCACAAAACAUGCUUCUUGCGGCCGUCAACUUCUGCUUGUUCAUUGUUGGCACUAUCCAGUGUACUCGCAUUUUCUUGUACAACCAAUCUGUGAAGGGCACGCAAGGUGCCAUCGAGCAGAUGGAGAAGGACGUGGUGGCUCCUGUGAAGAAACUCGAAGCUGCGGUCGAGCAGAAGGUGUAA